AUGCUCGUUGGACAGAUCCCCCCGGGAGCCGAAACAGGAAACUUCUAUAUUCCGAUCUGCAACCUCCCGUUUGAUACAACAUGGAAAUCACUGAAAGAUUGGCUUAGCUCCGGCUGCGAAGUAGACUACGUCCGGCUCUAUGGUCCUACCUCGGGCUGGAUCAGGGUCAAGGGCCCGUACAACUUCUAUCGUGCGUGUGAUCUUUUAAGGGACGGAGUAUUCGACGGGAGACGCAUUAUUUUUGACGACAGUAAUAUGACAAGCGCGGUUGUUGUCAAGGAAAUCCACGAUGACGAGAACGCAACUCCCGCAUCUGUUCCAGCAAGGCAUCGGCAAACUGAGCUUCCACUCGGGUCUGCUACUGUUACCACUCGACAAGCUUCAUCUUCUACGUAUGCUUCUUCUGAGGCCUUCUAUGAUCAAUGGAUCCCAAACCCAUCUACCACUAGUCAGACGCAUCCCAACAUUCAGCAGCAAGCAACAUGGUACCCCGACAACCUGCCCAGCGGUGGCUUUUUCCCUGACAAUUCUCAUCCAUAUCCGCAAUUCAUGACCCCACCCAACGAAUCAAGACAAACCGUCCCCAUUGAGCAGCGAAGAAUUAUCGUUAGACGCAUAGGACAUAACACGCCAGAGGACCAGAUCAAAGCACUCAUCAAGCAGUGUCUAGAGCGUGUCACUCCAGUGAAGGCCGAGCUCCAGAGAAUCGACGUCCCGCGUGGGUCUAGCAGCCAGAACAAAGGGCAUGCUUUUGCAACAUUCCGAAGUGCCGACAUUGCCAGGCGGGUCGCUGAACUAUUGAAUGGUAAAACAUGGAACACUCGCAGACUCGAGGCGCGUCUCACAAACGAGGGCCUCACAGAAGAACAAAGCAGCCGCGCGCCGCAGAGCCAGGGUUCAGGCUCGCGGCAGCGCAAGGGCAACGAUUCAACCAAGAAGCGUUCAAACGAGAGGACAACAGCACCGAAUUCCAACAAUUGCUCAUCUGGGGAGUCCUCGUCUUCCCGCCAGUCACGUCACCGACCACCAACAGGGCCAGUCAUAGCCGAUGGGACUAGUCACAGGGCUCAGUCUGAAUCCAAGGAAAGGAAGCGUAGAUGA